AUGGUAGGGUCUAGGGUUUAUGUAGGUGGUCUGCCCUAUGGUGCCUCGGAGCGGGACCUGGAGCGAUUCUUUCGAGGAUACGGCCGUAUGAGAGAUGUUUUAAUUAAAAAUGGAUAUGGGUUUGUUGAGUUUGACGAUUAUAGAGAUGCUGAUGAUGCUGUAUAUGAAUUAAAUGGUAAAAAACUUUUAGGGGAGCGAGUUACAGUUGAGAGGGCAAGAGGCACUCCUAGAGGUCGAGACCAGUAUGCAUCAGGUGGCAGCAGAAGCAGUAGAAAUAAUGACGAUCGUCGCUCCUCAAAUAAUGACAGAUAUGGACCCCCUACCCGCACUAACUACAGGGUGCUCGUGGAAAACCUUUCCUCCCGCAUCAGUUGGCAAGAUUUAAAGGAUUACAUGCGACAAGCUGGGGAAGUUACCUACGCAGAUGCCCAUAAACAACAUCGCAAUGAAGGAGUGGUCGAGUUUGCUUCAUAUUCUGAUAUGAAAAAUGCUAUAGAAAAGCUAGAUGACACUGAGCUUAAUGGUAGAAAACUCCGCCUGGUUGAAGACAAAAAGAACAAAUCCCGGCGCUCAGCAUCUGACAGCAGCCGUAGCAGAUCCCGAAGUCGUAGCCGUUCAGCAAGACGUUCCAGGUCACGUAGUCGCAGUUCCCGCUCCAAGUCUAAGAGUAAGUCAAGAUCCAGGUCACGGUCGCUAAGUAAUAAAGACGACCGAGAAAAAUCCAAGUCUAGGUCUCGUUCGAGGUCCAACUCUCGCAAAAAGUCUGACAGAUCCAGGUCCAAUUCACGAAAGAAGUCUGUAGGAAGUGAUCAUUCCCGUUCUAGAUCACGUUCUAGAACCCCAGAUAAGCGUUCCAAAUCUCGUGAAGCCUCCAAAGAAAGGUCCAGGUCAAGAUCCAGGUCCAGAUCAGAAAGCAAGGAAAGAAGUAAAUCAAGAAGUAGAUCCAGAUCACCAAACUAACACUGUUACGAGUUUGCAACCACAGUAAGGUUUAUAUUUGUAAUUAAUUUUUAAUAACAAAAACAAAGUAAAUUUUAAUUAAGUAAAUAAACCAGAACAACUGUUAGCAGUAGAAAUUGUUAAAUAAUUUUACUCAUUGGAAAGAUAAGUAGAUUCAUUUGUACAGGGUUGUGUCACAUUUGAAUUUUAAAAGGGGUAUAAUUUUCCAUAUAGUAAUUUAUCAAGAAUUUUUUACAUGAUACAAAUUGUAGAACUUGGAUGUUCAAACUGUUGGAUUAUAUUUUUAAACUGCAGUUUAUUCUGUGAAUAAAUAUUUUAAAUACU